AUUUGAUAUUAAUACACAGUUGUUCAAAUGUCAAUUGUCAAUUGCAACCACGCCCACUUAAGCAGCAUAUAAAAAGGGAGAGGAAUGUCGAGGCUCAAAGCAUUCUAGAUACAGCAAUUGUCAGAGAGAAUGGUUCACGAGGAGGAACUUAGGUCGGACCAAAUCAAUCCAAAAAUUUCGCCUUUGCACGGCGCACUGAGGCGCACCUGGUGCGAUUUCUGUGCCACGAGCAGCAUACACGGAUUGAAGUACACACGCGACAAGGACACGAAUCGUCUGGUGCAAUUUGUCUGGAUACUCAUCUCGCUGGUCAUGUUCAUAUGCGCCAUUGUCAUGACGCACACCUUCUAUGUGGACUAUCGGAGCAGUCCGACUCGCAUGAAUGUGGAGAGCGAUCACACGCCCGUUAGCAAGCUCUACUUUCCGCCCAUCACCAUCUGCCCCGAGGUGCUGUUCAACAUGGACAAGUCCAAGGCUUACAUUGAGACACUCCAGCUACCGGAGGGUGUCCAGGUGGCGGAUGUGCUGCAGCAUUUGCACAUCUUUAGCGGCUUCAUGCUGGACGAUGCUCGCUUCUCGCCCGCAGAGAUUGAACUGAUGGAAUCUGUGCUGCUGGACAAUAAUUUGACCAUGGUGCAGUUUGUGGAUCGACUGCGCUGGGAUUGCCAUGAGCUACUGCAUCGUUGUCGUUAUCAUGGAGACAUUAUGGACUGCACGCAACUUUUUCAGCUAUCGAAGACCUUCUUUGGGCACUGCUGCUCCUUCAAUCUGCGACAGCACGGCCUCGAUUUCACUGCCCAAGCGGCGGCUGGCGGUCUGGACAAUGGGCUAUCCUUAAUAUUGCGCUACAAGGAUGAAAAUUAUGAUGCACUGCAAUCCUAUUCACAUGGCUUUAAGCUGCUCAUCCAGGAGACAGACGCCUUUCCCAGCGCCCAUGCCGAUUGCAAGUUUCUUGGUCUCAACACGGAAUCCUUUGCCACGCUGCGUGUUGUGGAGACCUUCUGUUCAGAGGCGGUCAAGGCACUGCCCAUUGCGCAGAGGAACUGCGUCUUUCGCCAAGAGUUUCGUUUGCGCUACUUUUCGGAUUAUGUUUAUCCCAACUGUGAGCUCAACUGUCGCGCUAAAAAUAUGGUCAAGCUCUGCGGUUGUCACACCUAUUUCUUUGAGUUCAAUCGCACCAAAGAUCGCGUUUGCACCUUUCGCGAUAUACCCUGCCUGGUGGAUAAUUUUCCCGAUAUCAUAACACGGAGGAAAAAGACACAGUGCAAUUGUCCUUUAACCUGUGAGCACUUUGACUACGAUGUCCAAAUGUCGAACUUCGCUCUGAUGCUGAAUAUGCCCGUGGUUGAUCCUUUCUACACCGGCAUCGAGAAAAACGAUGCCAUCGUUCACAUUUUUCUCAAUUCGCAAGUUUAUCGACGUGUGCGCGUCGAUUUGCUCUCAAAUAUGGUCACCCUAGUCUCAAAUCUGGGCAGCGCAUUCAGCCUAUUUGUGGGCAUGAGCAUGCUAUCCCUGGUGGAGAUCAUUUACUAUUUCACGGUUAUACUGCGCAGAAAUUAUGUUCAGGAAUGUCGUGCACGCCAGAAGUUACAAACCUUGCACAGGCGUCCGAACUUUGGCUGGCCAGGUGACAAAAAUAGCAAUCAGCAGAAAUCUGUUUUCUAUAUCAGAGGUCGUAACUAA